AUGAGACUCGACAUCCUAGUACUGCCUCUGCUCGCCUCUGUCUCGGUCGCACGCCCGCUGCUCAGCCUUGGGGCCUUGACCGAAUGGGCGUUCAACUCUGCCCAGUCACUCUCGAGUGAUGUCGACGACCGCUCGGAGCAGACAAUCUGGGAGCAGCUCCAGGCCGACGAGCACUACACGCGCCUCGUCAAGCUUCUCAAGUUCGAGGGAAGCAUCCUCAAGGACUUGGACAAGACGCAAGACAACAAUCUUUAUGAGAUCACGUUCUUUGCGCCGACCAACGAAGCUCUGCACCCCCCGCACCGUGGUGGCCGCCACCUCCAAGACGAUGAACACACACUCGCGACCUUGUCCGACGUGCUGGAGACGAGCGAGCCGUGGCUGCUCGACGACAAGGGAGACGAUGACGAUGACGAGAAGAAGCGUCGUCGCAAGAUCUUCAAGAUGAUUGUGCGCGCCGUGUUGGAGUACCACAUCCUCCCAUUCAGCUUCUCUGGCGGCGAGCUUGUCCACAACAAGACGUACGAGACAGCCCUCAAAAUCCACAGCGCCAUCGACGGCCUCCCGCAGCGUUUGCGCGUUGAGGGUACCUUGCUCCCACCGGGCAUCUUGAUCAACUGGUACGCUCGCAUCGUGGCUUCGUCCGAGGCCAAGAACGGUCACCUGCAUGCCAUCAACCACCCGCUCCUCCCACCCGCAUCCAUCUUUGACGAAGUCUUCUUCACCACUCGCUGGGCGUCGACGACAGCUUCGGCUGUGCAGCGUGUCCACGGCAACCGGUUCAUUGACUAUUCGUGGCACCACAGCAACGAGUCUGGCAAGUCUGGCUUCCACGGUGCUCCCAUCGCUACCUUUUACACUCCGAGCAACGAGGCCUGGGAGCGGCUGCCCCGCGACCUGCACUUCUUCCUGUUCACUCGCUUCGGCUACCGUGCGCUCAGGAAGGUUCUGGCGUACCACUAUGUGCCGCACACGCUCGUCCUGUCCGAGCUCGUGCACCACAAGGACCACGACAAGAAGAAGGAAUGGGUCGAGGACCACCUCGACGCGUUUGCCGAUGACGAGUUCCACCACGAGUUUGAGGUUCAUUCCGGUCUCGGACCCAAGGCUCCGCUCAGUGUUGUUGUUGACAAGAAGAAGAUCCACCCAAUUCCUGACGGCUACCACACGUCGAUGACGGUCAAUGGCGUCAGCGUCAAGGGCCUUGACAUCAACGCUCGCAACGGCGCGUGGCACAUUAUCGACCGGGUCCUCUGUCCGCCUCACCACCACGGCGACGGCGGCGACAAGCUCAUGGACUCUGAGGACCCCUGGGCCGAUUGGCAGAGCUGGCUCCCGGCCUGGGCUGACGAGGAGCUCGACUACCAGUUCUGA